GUGGUUUGACUAAUCCUAGUAAGAUUAGGAGCAGAGAAAGAGCAAAUCCUGUUAGGAACCAAACUAACAAUAUGUUAUUUAAGAAGAUUACAUUGGCUCUCUCUCUCUCUCUUUAUUUACCUCGGUUGCUUGCAUGUAAAGAAACCUAAUCUUUCUAUCUAACGCUGUCUACAACUCGCGGUUCCCUGCUAGCUUCUUUGCUCCGUUACUUACAUGUCUUCAAAAGAAUCCAUCCCAACGGCGAAAUCUGAUGAUAAUAAGUUUUGGAAGCUGGAUAUGUUGGCAGAACUUUCGAAAAAGGUAUUAGAAGAAAAAGAGGGAGCCAGUGGCACGGAGAAAUCUUCUUCGACACGACCACCCAAGUGGCUUAUGAUGGUGAUGAUGAAAGAAAAGAACGCACACGAUCCAAAACUGAUCAUAAAGAAGAAACUGCACGCGAGCGAUCUCAGCAAAACACAGUCACGUCUCUCAAUGCCUAUAAACCAACUGCUUAGUUCGGAUUUUUUGACGGACGAGGAGACAACAAUCCUACACGAACCGGCGCCAGAACCGGGGAAAAGUACUCGUACAGAAGGCGGUAAAAAAGGCGUGAGUGUGGUCUUGGUGGAUCCUCUGUCAAAAAGGCAUGAGGUUGAAUUAAGGAGGUGGAAGAUGGGUGAAAAUUGGAACUACGUAGUUGUUGGUGGUUGGAACAAUGUGAUUGACCGUAACGAGUUUAAGGUCGACGACGUCACUGUGAUAUGGUCGUUCCGAUAUGGAGGAGGAAAACUAUGUUUGGCUCUCUCUCCUCUGGUAAGAGAAUCUAAACACUCCGGUCAGAGCAGCUCUCGUCGUUCCUGAUAACACACCACCAGUGCUUAAGUCACAAGUAAGAAGGGUUUG